GUGAUAUUACUGACUAUAACCACAAUAUUUACUGGACCAUCGUGAUUAGCUACACCGAACAGUGAUCAUUCAACAUUACGUUUCUAUAAUACGUUUAGAUGCCAGUAGUGUUAACACUGUCACCGUAUAGUAAUUCUUUUAAUUUUUCUCGCGAUAAUUGAACAAUUAUUUGUAGUUUUAACACUUAUUUGAAUAUUAUCUUAAAAAUCAUUUUGCGAUAAAAAAAAACGAACUGAGAACUUAUAUUUUUAAUUCUUAUAGUAACUCGUUUUGUUUCUCAAAUUGUCCAUAAAAUUUGAAUAACAUCAGUGUGAUGUAGUUUUGACACUUAGACUUGUUUUAUAUGAAAAUGUGUGCUAACGAAAACGAAACUGUAGAUAUACGUCAUUAUACAAACUGGAGAUCUAAUUUGAUUGAAUUAGAAGAACGUAAUCGUAUGGAAAGACCUAGUCGGGUUUUCAGUAGCCUCCAUCAUACCAUGCCUCCAGUGUUAACAGACUCGAAUAAUAUGGAACCAAAUGAACAAUCUCGUAGAUCAAGAGAUUAUUCUUCUUAUUUUGAAACUCAUAACAAUUCAUCACGUUUUGGAAGUAGUGCAUCAAAUGGUGAUAAUGUAAGAAAUCGUUCACCAUUUGUUAGAUUUACUAUUACUGACCCAGAAACGAGACAAAUUACGGUUGCUGGACAGUAUCCAUUGAAUAGUACACCGCCUGAUAAUUUUACAAGCACUGUUACAACUACCAAUGCUGAAAUAGCUGAUGUACCAAUUAAUGAGGAUAGUGAUGAUGAACCUGUGAUCCUUGAACGAAGACAUUAUUUUGAUAAUAGACGUUUAGUGGAUCAUUUUAGUUCAAUGUCACAUAAUCCUCAACAAUCUAGAAAUAUUAGAUCUGGAAGAAGAAUAUUUUCAGAACAUCCUUAUUUUAUAAGAAAUAAUUUAGAUAAUUAUCCAAUUUAUCACUCAAAUAGGAUUAAUAAUCGGCGUGUUCGUUUUUCUUCAUCAAAUCAAAUUUAUAGUGAUGUUAAUGAUAGACCCCAAACUCCAGAACAAGAACUUCCUGAUGUUCUUGAACAAGAUAUGGAGCUAGAAAACUCAUACGAAGCAGAGUAUCAUGACCAAGAAAGUAUGUCUAGUGUAUCAACUCGAAAUGAUGUAGAUUCUGGCGAUGAUGAUAGGUCUGUAAAUUUCUCCAUUUCUGGAACUCCUGUCUUAAAUGUAGAUGAGGAAAAUUUGGAUACUAUUGAUAUUAAUAAUGAAACUCCAAGAACAAGAGUUGUACCAUUCAUAAUGUCACCUAUACCUUUAAGCCCACAAACUGAUUCUCCAACAAAUACACCUGCCUCAAAUCAGAAUAACAAUGCAUCUACACCAUUUGAAUUUGUUGAUCAUGAUGAUGAAAAUCAUAAUAUAAUGUUCAGAGAUCCUGAGAAUAGAGUUACAGAAGAUACUGCAACUGUACUUGUUGAAGAUCAUCCAGAAACAUAUGUAGAUCUUAACGAUCAGUUGAUUCGUUUAUUUGAGUGUCCAGUAUGUUUUGAACAUAUUGUCCCUCCUAUUUUUCAAUGUUUACUUGGACAUUUGAUUUGUAGUAAAUGUGUACUUAUGUGUGAAAAUUGUCCAACUUGUAGAAAUGCUUUCAAUUCAAAACGUAAUCUGUACAUGGAAAAAGUUGGUUACUUAGUAAAAUUUCCAUGUAAAAAUGCUUUGACCGGGUGUAAGCAACAAAUGUUUUUAAGUCAAAAAAAAGUGCAUGAACAAGAAUGUUGUUACAGACACUAUCAAUGCUUUUUCACAAAUUGUGCUUGGAAAGGAUAUUAUCCUGAGUUGCAUGUACAUAUGAGUGAUAAUCACCAUAAUUACAUACUGAAUGGUACAGAUCAGGCUCUUGAUAUCAUGAUUCUUCAUAUAAAUCAAACUUACAAAUGGUUUUUAUUAGCUCAUAGUGAAUAUUUUGCAGUUAUUGCUCAAGUAUCUAAUCGAACCAAAGGUGUUAAGAUUCAGGUCAACUAUAUUGGACCAGCAAUCAAGGCAAAGCAAUUUAAAUUUACUAUUGUACUUUCUCAACGUAAUGAUCAUAAUGAGUCAUUACAAAAGUUAACAUAUGAGAGGACAACUCUCCCGUACACAGAAAAUAAUGAUAUGUCCAACAACAUUGGUCUAAAAAAAGAUAUUUUUUCUUUUCCUGGGGAAGUAAUCGAACCAUAUUUUAAAUUCAGGCGUCGUCGAUUACCAAUUGUUCUUAAAGUUAAUCCUGUAUCUAUUUAAUUUUUGAUGAAUAUUAAUGUACAAAAGUAUAUUAUAUACAAAUGUAAUGUUAAUUUAUAAUUA